AUGUCUUUAACCACAACAGUUCCUUGCAGGUCCCUAACUAGACCUGCCACGUUCAGUCUCUCUCGCACCCUCUGCACAGCCACUGCAGCAAGUGAGACACGAACCAAGAAUCUUGAGCGCAUUGCUGAGGAGCUCUUGGAGCUCACAAAAAUUGAGAGGCACGAUUACUCCAUCCUCUUCAGGCUCAAAUUGGGCCUCAACAGGUAUGGCCCUGCAAUCUCAGGGGUGGGUCCCUCAUCUUCUGAAUCAGGACCUGCUUCCACAGACUCUAAGGUGGCAGAGAAGGUCGCAUUUGAUAUAAAGCUUGAGAAGUUUGAUGCGGCGGCAAAGAUCAAGAUUAUAAAGGAGGUUAGGACUUUCACUGAUUUGGGACUAAAGGAUGCUAAAGACUUGGUAGAAAAGGCUCCUGUUGUUCUGAAGAAGGGUGUGACCAAAGAAGAGGCAGGGCCUAUUGUUGAGAAGCUUAAGGAGUUGGGUGCUACUGUAGUUUUGGAAUAAAAUCAAUUCUCUUUCCUUAUUACUUUUAUUAUUUUUAGGUAAUGUAGAAUAGUGACAGUCUAAUGAUAAAUGGAGAGAUUUAGAUCGUUCAGUU